GAAUACGAGGUUCGGUUGUUGUGAUUCUAAGGAGCAGCAGAAUCAACAUGGAGGAGGCAAGGAGUUUGGUUUCCUCGUUGCUCUGUCACGCCAGUUGAUGUCAUGGCUUUGCUAUCUUGCUGUAUAACAUAUCAGGCUUUAUGGGCUCGUUAUUUAUAAUUAAUUUAGCGCUUUUUUGCAAAGCCGGUCUUUGUGGCUUUUAGGAUGACAACGACGAUAUGCCAGAUUUCUUGUUUGACUGCCGACACUGGUAUACCGGUGUUUACGAGGACGACCGGGGGCAUGAAGCAGUUACCAUUUCCAAUAGUUGGUUCUCUCAAUGGCAUUGAUAUGUUUGCCCGAAAUCAUGGCGUUGAAAUCGUUAAUACUAGAGCUGGCAAAGCUAAGAUAAUAUGGAAGAUAUUCAAAGAUUCGCUGAAGUUUAUUGCCACUUCGAGGGAUUCCGAGGCCUGCGAGUUGCAAAUGAACACCUUUUUGGACAAUGUUUUUAACGCUUUGGUGCUAAUAAUGGGCCUAUCGGAAUUAGAGGAAAUAAAAAAUGUGGACAGAUUUAAGAAAGAAGUCAGAAGAUGCUUUUGUGUCAUUGAUUGCCUUCUGCAAGGGACAAUGUCUUUUGGGAACAUAACACAGUUUGUCGAUACCAUAAUCUGCAAUGAAACGAAGCUGUUACAAGAAACCUUAGACGCAUUUGUGCUUUCAGCUUGCGAUAGUGAAUUUGGAUGCCUCCUUGUGCACCGAAAAGUUUUAGUAGCAACAGAGAAAUGGUGGCAGCUGUUGCCAAUUGAGACAAUGCUGCUAAUGUACCUCAUAAAAUCUGUGCCCACAUCAAAUGCCAGAGAUUUCCCAGUUUAUCUUCCACAUGGAAGUCCAAAUAUUCCUCACAGACUGUUGACCAUGGAGAUUAUCGAAGGAGUUGAGGUUUGCAUUAUUUGUGGUCCAGAGCCUUCCUUACAAUUUGUUUUAGAAAAUCAUUUGAACAGAUAUUGGAAACCUUAUAUAGAAAUUUUGAAAACAUGUUUGCGGUCUCAUCCAAGAAAUCUCCCAGCAACAACAUUCAUUGAUAAUCAAAUAAAUGGAUUUCUCCUUAUUAAUACUGAAGAUGGAAAAUGUCUUUCAAGCAUCUACCCACGUGGAAGCAUGAGUGGUUCGCACAUCAUGACACCAGAAAAACGCCACAAAGUACUCACUGAUUUCUAUCUAUCUGUUAUUGGUAGUUUGUUCCCAUCUGGCGAAAGUGAAAUCAUUGAAAUGGUGAACACAGAUUUUAGGUUUAAACAUGACAUUACACAAACAUAUCUUUGUGCAACGGACUAUAAAUUGUAUGCUGCACAAUUUGACUGUCACCAGAUUUUUGUUCUUUUUUCCAAGGAUAUCCCAACUUAUGCAAUGCCAACCUUUACUGAAAAAAUAUUCCGAGUGCUAACUAAAGAUAGACAAGCUUAAUUUCACAUUAUGUAAAACAAAUCUUUCUUUUUUCAUUCUUGUAGAUACUCCAUACACAAAAUUUUAAAGGAUUAUUUUGUCAUAUGUUCAUCACAAUUUGAUUUGUAGAUUUGCUUAUAUAUAUUCCUUUUUUGUUUUCUUUCAACUUUUCAUUAUGGAAAUAGCCAAAAAGCACCAUAAAUUGUUGAUAUAUUUUAUAUAAACAAACUCGUUACCUACUUAAAACUGAUCAUAUUUUGCAGCAGAAAGUUAAUGAUAUCAAUUUUUCAAAAAUUGCACCACUUGCCAUAAUAAAGCAGUAUUUUCAAAACAGCGUAAUACCUAAAUGCAUUUUAAGCUUAAUGCAAUAAUACCUAAUGUUUUAUACUAAAUUUAUAACAGUAUAAAAUUUUCCUGUUAAGUAACAUAUCAGCCCAGUAUCACAACCUUUUUUCAUACUUUUGCACCUGAUGUAUAAUGUCCUAAUUUUCGUGAUAUAUCCUCUGUUUUUUCCAUUUAAAAGUUUUCGAAUAGGGCAAUAUUAUGUAAAGCUACCCUUGUGAUCUUUUUCGUUGUUUAUUUUGUUGCUAUAGUCAAUUUCGCAUGAUGUAAGUCUGAAAUGUUAAA